UGUCAAGAGACCCCCUGUUGGAAAUCGGCGAGUUUAAUCCGAUGCGAGCCCCUAAUCUAUUGUAAGCUGAGGCUCCCGGUGCGGCGUAUCACCGGAUAACCCGAUCCCGAGCGCACCUCCUCUCCACCACCCCCCCCACCACCACCACUCAGUGACUGUCCAGGCUCAAAUAAAGACUCCCUCCACCUUCAGAUCCAGGCCACCGAACCCAGUCGCAGAAUCAACCAAAACAUCGCGGAACCAUGGACAAACAGGACCAUUCACCAUCGACGCUCUCACGACGUUCGAAUCAUAAAUCAAGCUCAAGGACAGAAGCUCGACAGACUCAUCAAACCCUGCAUCCCUCAUUCGAGAUCAUCAGACACAAAUCAUUCGGCACUCUCAUGCACGAGCUAUGGAUCAGAUUCCAAGGCGAGUUUGGAUUGUCGAUGUUGGAGACUUGGGAAAUGGUCAUGAUCUACAUCAUCGUCAUCCUGUUGAUCCUGUUGUUCUAUGUCGCCAUCUUCAAAUACUUCCCCUCCCAUAUCAAAAUCAUCGGACGGAGAGCGAAGUAUUACCUGGUCGGAUCUGAAUGAGACAUCAUCAAUAUAGAAAUCUCUUGCUCAACACCUUUUCCAGUCCUGGUUCUUGUAUUGUGGUUUUUUUUAAAAAAAAAAAAAUCUCUUCUUUUUAUAACAGUGCCAAAUCCAAUUGCCCACCAGAUCAGCUCUCAGCUUCGGCUUUCGACUCUCUUC